GAGCUCGGGCCCGUGCUCUGCCCCUGUCCCGCACUCUCCCGGGGCCCCGACACUUGCACCCGCACACCCGGGGCUCCGCCACCACCCCCCUGCUCCACGGGGCCCGGCGGGCUGCGCUCGGGGCUGGUUAGGUGCCCCCGCCCGGGCCCGGGGGCUCGCAGCCGGAGUUACAAAGUCGCCGCGCGCACCCCGCAAAGCCGUGCCGCGGGGGGCGUGGACGGUGUGUGUGUGUGUGUGUGUGUGUGUGUGUGUGUGUGUGUGCGCGUGUGUGUAACGGGCAGCUCGGAGCAGCCGCGGCGCCCCCCACCCAGCGUGGCGCCCCCGCGCCCGGCCCAGCGCCGCCGCCGCCGCCGCCGCCGGGGACCUGAACCGGGGCGCGGCGGGAGCCCGGAGCCCCGCGCCCCUAUGCACCGCCGCGCCGCCGCCGCCGCCGCGCCCCAGCUAUGACCCUGAGCACGGAGAUGUCCGAUGCCUCGGGCCUCGCCGAGGAGACAGACAUCGACGUGGUGGGGGAGGGCGAGGACGACGACGACGACGACGAGGAGGACGACGACGACGAGGGCAGCCCCCGGCCGGGUGGCCCCGCGCGGCAGCGGCGGCGGCGGCGGCGGCGGCGGCGCUCGUACGCCGGGGAGGACGAGCUGGAGGAUCUGGAGGAGGACGAGGACGACGAUGACAUCCUGCUGGCCCCGCGCGCCGCGGGCUCCCCGGCGCCCCCGGGCCCGGCCCCGGCGGCCGGAGUCGGGGUCGGCGGCGCGGGCGGCGCGGGCUGCGGCGGCGGCGGCGGCGGGGGCGGCGGCGGCGGGAGCGGCGGCGGCGGCGCGGGCGGCGGCGGCGGCGGCGCGGGCGGCGGCGCCAAGAACCCGCUGGUGAAGCCGCCCUACUCGUACAUCGCGCUCAUCACCAUGGCCAUCCUGCAGAGCCCCAAGAAGCGGCUGACGCUGAGCGAGAUCUGCGAGUUCAUCAGCGGCCGCUUCCCCUACUACCGGGAGAAGUUCCCCGCCUGGCAGAACAGCAUCCGCCACAACCUCUCGCUCAACGACUGCUUCGUCAAGAUCCCCCGCGAGCCCGGCAACCCCGGCAAGGGCAACUACUGGACGCUGGACCCCGAGUCCGCCGACAUGUUCGACAACGGCAGCUUCCUGCGGCGGAGGAAGCGCUUCAAGCGGCAGCCGCUGCUCCCGCCCAACGCGGCGGCGGCCGAGUCGCUGCUGCUGCGCGGCGCGGGGGGCGCGGGGGGCGCGGCGGACCCGGCCUCGGCCGCCGCCGCCGCCGCCGCCGCCGCCGCGCUCUUCCCGCCGGUGCCCCCGCCACCCCCGCACGCCUACGGCUACGGCCCCUACGGCUGCGGCUACGGCCUGCAGCUGCCGCCCUACGCGCCGCCCUCGGCCCUCUUCGCCGCCGCCGCGGCCGCCGCCGCCGCCGCCGCCUUCCACCCGCACUCGCCGCCCGCGCCGGCCCCGCCGCCCCCGCCGCCGCCGCCGCCGCCCCCGCCGCACGGCGCGGCCGCCGAGCUGGCCCGGACCGCCUUCGGCUACCGGCCGCACCCGCUCGGCGCCGCCCUGCCCGGCCCCCUGCAGGCCUCCGCGGCCAAGGCGGCCGGCCCGGGCGCCGCGGCUCUGGCGCGCUCGCCCUUCUCCAUCGAGAGCAUCAUCGGGGGCAGCCUGGGCCCCGCGGCCGCCGCCGCCGCCGCCGCCGCCGCCGCCGCGCAGGCCUCGCCCGCGCCCUCGCCCGCCGCCGCCGCCGCCGCCCCGGCCGCUCCGGGCUCCGGAGGGGGCUGCGCGGCUCAGGCGGCCGCCGGCCCCGCCGCCGCGCUCACCCGCUCGCUCGUGGCCGCCGCCGCGGCCGCCGCCUCGUCCGUGUCCUCGUCCGCCGCCCUAGGGACGCUGCCCCCCGGGGCCGCCCUGUCCAGCGUGGAGACCUUUACCGCCCGGAUUUCCAAUUGUUAACGGCGCGCCCCGAGCGCGCGGGCCCAGGAGAAGGUAGGCGUCCCGGCUCCUCGGCCCACCUGGGCGGGUCGGGGCUGCGCCCGGCGCGGGCCCCGCAAGCCGCUCCCCCUCCGCGGGUCCUUUUCUCCCACCCCCUCACCGCCGCGAGUGGCCCCCGGAGACAGUUGGGCGACCGCCCGGGCGCGCUUUGG